CUGGGGAUGAUGUUGGCUGACGGACGCAGUUCCUCCCACGCCUGCCCUGCAACUAGACUUACACUGUGAUCCCAGCAGACUCCAAGGGCGAGGGAGCUGCUCAGGGGACUCCAGCAGGAUGAUUGUCAGGGCCAUGCCGCCCCUUGUGGCACUGCCCUUCCGGCGCCUGGUCCACACCGCGGCCUCCUGCCGCCCAGCCCCCGGGAGGCACCGAGGACACCACCUCCUGCACACGGUCCCUGCUGCCCACUCGGGGGGGACUGCCCCGGUCUUCACCCAGGCCCUGGCUUUUGGGGACAGGCUCGCCCUCAUUGACCAGCAUGGCCGCCACACCUACCGGGACCUGUACCUCCACAGCCUGCGCCUGUCCCAGGAGAUCUGCAGGCUCCUCGGCUGCGAGGACGGAGACCUGCGGGAUGAGAGGGUCUCCUUCCUGUGUUCCAACGACGUCUCCUACGUCGUCGCCCAGUGGGCCUCAUGGAUGAGUGGCGGCAUCGCAGUCCCCCUCUUCCGGAAGCACCCCGAGGCACAACUGGAGUACUUCAUCCAGGACUCGCGGAGCUCUGUGGUCCUGGCCGGGCCGGAGCAUGUGCAGCUGGUGGGUCCAGUGGCCAGGAGGCUGGGGGUGCCACUCCUACCCCUCCCGCCCACUGUCUACCACGGGGCAGAGGGGGAGCCAGUGGUGGCGCCAGUGCAGGAGUGUGAGUGGCGAGACCGGGGCGCCAUGAUCUUCUACACCAGUGGGACCACGGGGCAGCCCAAGGGCGUGCUGAGCACCCACCGCAACCUCACAGCCAUGGUGACCGGGCUGGUGCAUGCCUGGGCAUGGACGAGCGACGACGUGAUCCUGCAUGUCCUCCCACUGCACCACGUGCACGGCGUGGUCAACAAGCUGCUGUGCCCGCUCUGGGUGGGCGCCACCUGCGUGAUGCUGCCCGAGUUCAACGCGCAGCAGGUUUGGGAAAAGUUCCUAAGUUCUGAAACUCCACGGAUUAACGUGUUUAUGGCCGUGCCUACCAUUUACUCCAAGUUGCUGGAUUACUACGACCAGCACUUCACCCAGCCUCUUGUCCAGGAUUUCGUGCGUGCAGUUUGUGAAGAAAAAAUCAGGCUCAUGGUGUCGGGCUCAGCUGCCCUGCCUGUCCCCCUGCUGGAGAGGUGGAAGAGGGCCACGGGCCACACGCUGCUGGAGCGCUAUGGCAUGACUGAGGUCGGCAUGGCCCUGUCCAGCCCCCUGGCCGGGGCUCGCCUGCCAGGUUCCGUGGGGAACCCCCUGCCCCAAGUGGAGGUGCGCAUCGUCUCAGAGAACCCACAGAGAGACGGCUGCCCAUAUACCGUGCACGCCGAGGGGGACAUGCAGGGGACAAAGGUGACCCCAGGGCACGAGGAGAAGGAAGGGGAGCUGCUGGUCAGGGGACCCUCUGUGUUUCGAGAGUACUGGGAUAAGCCGGAGGAAACGCAGAACGCCUUCACCCCCGAUGGCUGGUUCAGGACAGGGGACACCGCUGUGUUCAAGGACAGCAGUUACUGGAUCCGCGGCCGGACGUCUGUAGACAUCAUCAAGACUGGAGGGUACAAGGUCAGCGCACUGGAGAUCGAGCGGCACCUGCUGGCCCACCCCAGCAUCGCAGAUGUGGCUGUGAUUGGCAUUCCGGACGUGACAUGGGGCCAGCGGGUCACAGCAGUGGUGGCCCUGGAAGCAGGACACUCACUGUCCCACAGUGAUCUCAAGGAGUGGGCCAGGCGCUUCCUGGCCCCCUAUGCUGUGCCCUCAGACCUCCUGCUGGUGGAGGAGAUCCCGCGGAACCAGAUGGGCAAGAUCAACAAGAAGGACCUGGCCAGGCAGUUCUACCCUGAGUGAUCUGUCCGGGGCCAGCGCUUACUGUGGUCCUUGGCCCAGCACCCUCCAUAUAGCACCCGGAUCAGGCUGAACAGAAUCAAGACGCUAUGGGAUGAAAUCACUGCGUGAGGCCUCCCCAGGCACAGGCUCCUGCCGCAGUUCACAGUGGCCCCAGUUGCUGCCAUGUCCACCAUGGCCGGACACCUCCAGUGGCCAAGGCUGCUGGGCUUUCUCCAGGGCAGGUCUUGAGGGACCUCCGGUGUUCCCAGAGAAGGGGAAUGAAAUCGAGGUGGGCCUGCACGUCUGGCCUUGCUGUCCACUCGCCGUGCACCUCCGAGCUGCGUGGCUGGGCCGUGUGGUCGCCGUGUGCUGGGUGCCCUGCAGGACCAGCCCACACCAGCCCUGCCCCUGUGCCCCGAAGGCUCCCACCCCAGGCACAGCCAUCGCCCUUCUCGUGACUGUGUCUGCCACGUGCGCUGCAGGGAGCUCAGUGUCCUCUGGGCUGUCCCCAGACAGCCCUGCGGCUGCUCUUCAGGGACCCUCGGCCCCACCGCCCGCAGCGCAGGACCUGCUGGGCCUCCGGUCUCUCCCCGCACCACUCGCUCCAGCUGCUGUCUGUGUCGUCUCCUGGCUCCCCGCUCUGCCCUCCGCAGCCCUCACAAGGCCCGUGCAGAGCCGCAGCCGCCACCUCUGCACCCCGGGUCACACCCGCUCAGGUGCGGUGUCGCCAGCCACAGCAGGUCACAGCCUCUCGGUGGUGGGUUGGUCCCCGCCCCGCCCAGCUCCCACAGGAGACUCGGACACAGGCAGUGGUCACUGGCCACCCGGCCUUGUGCUGUCCUCACAGCUGGCCUGGGGGUCCAUUCUUCCCCCAGGAGCUCUCCGCCAGGAGGCACUCAGGUCAGCCUGGGUCUGAGGCAGCUGCGGAAGUCCCUUCUGCUGGGGAAACAACUGAACUCCACACUGCCGGAUUAAGUGUGUAGAUUUCACACUUUUUUUUUUUUUUGAGAGAGCAUCUUGCUGUGUAGUUCAGACUGGCCUUGAACUCACUUUGCAAUGCUCCUCCUGCCUCAGCCUCUUGAGUGCUGGGGUUACAGGUGUGUGCCAUGCUGCCCGGCUGAUUUCACACUCUUAACUUGUUUGAUUCUGAAGUUUUGAUUCCUAAGGUUUCCAUAACCAUCUGACUUAUGUCCUAGUCUCUGUCAAACACCCUCUUAGUCAUGACAGAAUGCAUGCCUUCACCCCCGCCAUUCCCUGCGGACAGCGGUCAGGACCAGCGUCUGCGUCACCUGGACUCCUGCAUCCGCCCUGGCUCUCCCCCGCGCCCAGAGGCCCUGUUGCGCAGCUUCCUGCUCGCUGAAGGCCGCUGCAUCCUGGCUCAGCACCUGGUCUCUGUGGCUUCUGGGAGGGAAGCGACUCGGACCCCAGGCAAGGGCAGGGUGCUUGGGGAGCUGCAGGCCCCUGCUGGGGACUGUGGAUGUCAGGGAUGGCGGCCAGGCCCUCGGGCCCCUGUGCAACCCUGAGUUGUCCUGCUGCCCUCCCGGCCUGUGGAGCCACCCUUUAGGUGGGCAUUGGGAACGUGUGAGGCAGGGCCGUCCCACGGAGCUGCAGGGACGCGUGGGUGCCGACGCCCAGCUCUUCCUCUCCCCGCCUCCUCCAGUCCACCUGAGCUUCCCCACACAGCGCUGAGGUCCCUGCAGUCAGAGUUGCACAGGCCACGGUGAGCUAGGGGUAGCUGGUGCUUGCUUCUGACCCUGCCAGGAGGAAAGGGGGCACACAGGCACAUCCCACCCAUGCCCAUGGCCAGGAGGCCAGGGUGGCCCCUCUGAGGCCCCUCGCCGUCUGUCUUCUGGCACUGCUGGGAGUGCUGGGGAUGGCUGGGAUAUGGCAUUUCUAGCCCUCAGAGCUCGACCCAAUGGGCACCCCGCCCUGCACCUGCUGGGGCUUCUUCCGCUCCCACAGCUCCCACAGCACAGUCUGCAGAUGGAGCAGUGACUGGCGUCCUGCCAUAGCCUGGGAGAGGACAGCGGCUGGGACCAGCACGGCCCCGGGCUUUCUAAACAGGGCCAGUCAAACGUCAGAGGAGAAACCAAGCCUGUGCAGCAGCCCCUCCCUUGGAGCGCUCGCUUCGGGCUGGGCCGGGAGCUGUAGAAGCCCCAGGUGGUGGACACUCCUUACAGUGGGACCCUGGUGCACCAGCCACGUCCUGUGAGGCGGCCCCAUCGGGGUCAGCAGGGCUGAGGCCUCAGACGCCCGUCCUCACCCUGGGACCUGUGGCUGGUGUAGAGGAAGAGCAGCAGCUCACUUAGGACAGGGCAGUCCUGUGACCCCGGCCCAGGGUCACCGCAGGGUUGGGGGUGGGUGAGGCAGGAUUCAGGUGGUGGGAGGCUGGCUGGCCCCGUGGAGGACAGCUCUGGGAGGAGCACAGCAGGUGGGGCUCAGGACGGCAGCGGCCCCGACACCGGAUGUGGCAAACCCUCGAGGCCACCUUGGUAGCCCUAACCCACACGGCGGCUGCUGACUUGAGAGGUCUGGGGGCUCGUGCAGGGCCACCCUGGUCUUGUCGGGGCCUGGCUUGUCCUAUCCCCACUAUGGCUUCCUCCAUGACACCUCUGCCUAUGGCCAAGCGGACUUCCUGUGCCUCUCAAGGGAGAGCGGAUGGCAGGGCCAGGCCCACUUGGGCCACAGCAGCAGGAAGGGCAGGCCGGGCACAGCUGUGCCCUCUGCCCAGCCUAGCCAGCCUAGCCUGCGUGUGGGUCCCCAAGUUGACAUUUUCUCACAGCAGACGCACCUCCCGCUAAGCACAUGGCCCCUCAUCUGUGGAGAGGGCCAGCUGCUGCAGUUGAGGGCCUGAGGAGGAGCAGUUUGGAAAACACCUUCCAGAACAUUCUGUGCCAGCUCCCAGCGACUGCAGGCUGGGCGGCAGGUUUCUUCUUGGUCCUCAGUCCCAAGGAGUCAGAGCAAAAGAUGGCACAGGUGCCCCGGCCAAGCUGCCCUCCUUGCACAGGUGGUGGCUUAGGGUCACAUCCAGGCAGGGGCAUGGCUGCUCAUCUGGCUUCCCUGCGUCUGACGCCGCCCCUCCUGAGCCCAUCUGGUUCCUGUGGGCCCUAGGCUGUGACCUCUGACCCUGACUCGGGCCCAGGCCACGCGCACCUGGGCGCCCGCCUGUCUCCUUCCUGCGGCCCCUCCCACCGUCCCUGGGGUCCGCGCAGGGCCCUGAGUGUGAGCAUGUCAGCUGUGUGCACAGACACCUGCGUGUGCAGCAGAAGUGAGCACCCACAGGCUGCGUGUCCCUCUGCAAAAGCAGCCACUGGCAGCCAGGAGUCCCUCAGGGGGGCGUCUGCUUGGGUUGGUGAGCGGGAGAGACAGGCACGAGUGUGCGUGUGCACAUGUACAUUACACAAGUCACCCGCAGGUGUGCACAGAUGUGUGUGUCAAGCCACAGGGUGGUAUUCAGAUACUUUUUUUUUUUGGUACCAGGAAUUGAACUCACAACCUUGUGCUUGCUAGGCAGGCAUUGUGCCAUUGAGCUACAUCCCCGGCCCCAACAGGCUGGUAUUUAAAUGCCCCUCUUGGUGCCCUUUCACCCUCUGCCUCCCGUGACUUCACGUCGUGAGCACUGAGCCCAACCCGAGGAGCGGCCACAGUGGCCCCACGGGGACCGUGGGGUUGCUGACAUAGUGACCCCCAUUUCUCAAUCCUGCCCGACUCCCUGCAGGGUUUUCUUGUCGCCGUUCUCUUGUGUUGGAUCAAUAACAUUCUCUACAUGUUUCUUGGCGUGUUUGAAUAUUAUAAGCUAAAUUUCUGUUCUUUGGUGAGUAUCCCUAACAUUUCUAGACAGAGAAGCCAGAGCCCAGCUGAUGCAGCACUCACCUUGCACGCGCAAGGUCCUGCUUUGACCCGCAGCCCUGGAAGGAGGAAGCAACCACACCCGAGGUGAGGAGCUGGCGCAGCUGGGUCUCUCGUGCCAUUCUAGUCAGUCCUCGCAUGGCCCCGCGGGCCGCUGACCGUCACUGUCCCUGCUGCCGCCCUGUUUUCCUACAGUCACCUUGUUUUGUCUGACAUAAAGUUGACGUGCUUUGUUUUCA